CCACAUUCCGGAACAGAAUAGAAGAAACAGAGAAACCCAGAUUCGUGAUGGCGCACGGUACUCCUCUAUAGGGAAGCUGACAUCGGAAAAAUUAACACCCAUCUUCAUCGUCGGAGGCUGGUUGUCCAGACUCAUUGUCUCCCUGCAAUUGCAUACUACAAUUCACCUGAACUGAAAGCCAUCAACAAUCACAUGGCAUCAUCGUCUUCCCCCAGCUCUGAUAGCUCCUCUUGGGAGCUUCAGUGCAUCGGAACUUUGGAAAUCGUCACUCCCAAACCCGUCGGUUUCCUUUGCGGUUCAAUCCCUGUCCCCACCGACAAAUCCUUCCACGCUUUUGGUUCCGCUCUUCUCCCGAACCGCCAAACAGUAAAUGCCCCGCGGUAUCGGUACCGGAUGCUUCCGACUGAGACUGAUCUCAAUACGCCUCCACUUCUUUCGCAUUUCCCAGAAAAGGUUCUUCCUGUUGGUGCUGUGCAGUCAAGGUCCGCUGGAGAUUUACCUUGGGAUGGUGCUGCUGUUGCAUCUAAUCUUACCAGAAAAUGCGAGGCACUUGCAGUAUCUGGUUUGGCAGAGUACGAGAGAUGA